AUGGAAGCUGACCCAGCAAUAGUUCUGGAAUGGUUGGACUCCGUAAACGACGAACUUAGGGAGUUACAACUUACUGCAUUGGAACAACUGUGCAAUGAAGUUCUUUUCUCGGACAAUGUUGAUGUUUUCUUUGAGCGCUAUCCACCUCGCCUCUUCAUACCCGCCUUAUGCAAAAUAUUUUUGGAUGAAUUAGCUCCAGACUCUGUUUUGGAGGCAAAUGCUCGGGCCCUCACUUACUAUUUGGAUGUUAGUUUGGACUGUGCCCCACGGAUUGCACGGUCGCCAAAUGUGUUGACAGCCAUGACUUCUAGAUUAGAUGCAGUUGAUAUGACAUCUGCGAAGAGUAAUGAGCUUGGGCAGCAGAUUAUUAAAAUGUUGCAGCUUAUUUGUACACGAGAGCCUGGUGCCGUGUAUAUGGCCGGGGGACUGACUCCCGUUUUACGUUAUAUACGUCUUUAUCCACAUCUGCUUCAUGCUGAUGUUCUGCAGGCUGGGAUGGAUAUUAUAAGACGUUUGUUUAGCAGAGCAGACCCAACAGACAAGAAUGUAACCAGUUGGGUUGAUGCGUUGAGUUCACUCUUAGACCGUCGAGAAACAGGUGUUGCUGAUCAAGCAUUACGUGCAUUUGCUAAUUUGGUGGCUCGAUUUACUCGAACGGGUACUGAUCCAAGUCCACUUGCUGAUCCUCAUAUUAUUGAUUGUCUUCUUCAACGUCUUCGUGUUGCUGGUGGUGUGGAAACUGAUAAUGAAUUGACAGAUUCAUCUGGCCCCAAUUUGUCAACAGACACAUCAGGGAGUGGUCGUGAUGGCUUUUCUUCAGUCACAUCGGAAAGUAAUCCAGUUGCAGUUCAUGCAGUCACUAAUAUCCUAACUUCACUUUGCUGUAAUUCUGUGAGUAUAACACAUAAACUUCUAACUAGUGAUGGACAGUUUGCUAUGACAUUGGCAAUGGUUGUUCAACGUAGCACGGAUGAAUUAGUUGUUCUUAGUGUACUGCGACUAAUUGAAAUUCUCUUGGUACUACUAUAUCAAACUCAAAAUGUUCAAUUGAAAUCACGUGAAUCAUCGCAAAUAAAAGAAGUUCGUAAAGCUACUUUACCAGACGCUGUCAAAGAUGAUACUUCAAAACAAAGUCAAAUGCAAAGCCAGUUGUUUAAAUCAAAUCAAUUUCAAACUUCUAUAUCAAUUAUCGAACAUGCGGAAAAUUCACAGAAUACUUCACAAUCUGAACAUACUAUUGAAGCUCCUCUAGAGUCCCAGCAUUCUUGGGAAGGCGAUGCUAUACACCGUCAUUUUAUUGAGGCUAUAAAACGACAGGAUUUGGAUUUUAUGAAACGCAGUUUAAAGUCGGGCAAAAUUGAUGUCAAUUACAUGGAUCAUUUAGGACAAACUUUGCUAAAUUGGGCUGCAUCAUUCGGUUCUCCGGUUAUGGUUGAACUUUUAUGUACACAUGGUGCGAAUGUGAACUUAGGUGUUCGUACACCUUUAGAUUAUGCAGCUUCAUUUGGGCGUGUUGAAAUAUGCAAAACUUUACUUAAUUGGGGCGCUGAUAUUAACAAACAAGAUGUACAAGGUAGAAAACCCAUAGAUAGGGCUCGAGAACAUCCUGAUUUUCCUGGUUCACAACAAGUAAUCGAUUUAUUGGAAUCCGAGUCAAAAAGAGCUGGUUUCAAGGGUUUAUCAUCCAAGUUAAAUAAAUCUGAUAAACAACUAACACCUGGUUCAUCGUCUACUCAACAUAAGCCUGAUGAGAUUCAAUCUAAUGAUUCUGUCGAAGCUCAACGUUUAUUUAUUGAUCAACUUCUUCCAUUGCUAGUUGGAUUGUUUAAGGAAAGCACAUCUUCUGUAAGGCACCAGUGUACACUUUUAGUUUGGCGUAUGAUUCAGUAUAUGCGACCUGAUCACUUAGAAAAAAUUAGUUUGAUGGAUAAUCAAUCAGUUCCAUUCGCAUUUUCAUUAACACAAAUGAUUUAUACAAUAUUAAUCGAAGAACGAGAAGAAUUAAUUUCACGUGCAUUAGAAUUAAGUCUCCGUUUAUUGAAUAAAACACCACAUAUUUACAUUUUGGUAUUCUAUCGCUUGGGCUUAAUUCCAUUGAUACAAAUUAUCAUUGAUAUAUUACAUCAUUUGUUAAUAACGGAAAAUAAAUCUGGCGUCACCGUGACCACCGUCGCUACGUCCACUACUAAUACUGGACAGCAGUUAUCCGUGCCAUCAUCAUCAGACGAAAAUGAGGGAAAAGAUGUGUGCACAGCUUCUGUGACAAAGAUAACCACUGAUACAACAAGUACUACUACCGUAAUGACUUCCACAAUUCCUACUACUGUCCCAGCAUCAAUAAAACUAACUAUUUCUCCCUCGACUACUACUACUACUACUACAAGUGCAAAAACAAAGGAAGUAAUAGAAGAAUUGUCAUUAAAGAAUACGUUAGUAACUGACAAAGAAAACAAAUCGAAAUCAGUUAAAAAUAUUGAGAAACAAAGAGUUCAUGAUGAGUUGAAUGUCAAUUUGAAUGAAAGCAAAAAUUACAUGCCUGAAAUUUUGUCUACACCAGCAAAUGAAGAUGAAGAACAACAGCACCAACCAGUUUUACCGUCUAAUUCUACAUCUGAACGUGUCCACUUAGAUGCACAACUUUACAAUUGGAAUGGAUGGUAUUUUUUCUGUAUGGGUCAAUUAUUAUCAAUUUUCAAUGGAUUCGCUUUUAUUACAAUACAAUUACAACCAGAAGAUGGUGGUUUACGUGUACUAUGUAUUCAUAAUUCUACACAUAGAAACAGUCCAGUACCAAUUCAGUUACAUCCCGGUGAAAAUCCAUUUUCACGUCCUAGUUUGAAAUCACGAAUGCUUCGCAUGCAUCAACAUUUAAUGGAGCUUAUUGAUAGUAAUAUCACUAUUACACCAUUGUUUAAAGAUGUUGAUACUGAAACUGCACAAACUACAGAGAAUGAUGAAGGUAGAGAUCAAAUAAAUCAACUAGAUUCUGUGAAAAAACAAACGCAAUUAAAUAUGCUAACUCAUUCUAGUUUAUCUAAUUUAGAAGCUUCACAUAAUAAUGCACGACGUUUUCGUAGACGCCUAGGUCUGCGUCAUGAUCCUAUUUCUAUCAAUUUAGCAGCUACAACAAUGGGAGGUCAUACAUCUAAGCUUCAACGCCAAGCUUCAUCACCAGCUCGUGUUUGCAUUACUUCGAGAUUUUCAACAAGAAUUCCAAUUCAGUCUAAUCCCACUGGGAGUAUUGGUCUUUUAACUUCAACUACUUCGGUGUCUUUUGGUUCAAUAAUUUGUAGCUUGUUGAAACGAAAAGAUGGAACAUAUGUUUCUGUAAAACCACGCGCACCUACAGUCUGUAAUUCAAAAUCCUUUUUCAAUGAAGCGUUGUUGUUUUCUGAGAACUCUUGUAGUGGUUUCAAACGUGUACGUAUUGCUUCGAUUAGUCAAGAAAAACCAGUUUCAUCUGUCAAUACAAAUACAGAGUCUAACAAUACAGAAUCAAAAACGCAAACUAAUCCCAAUGUAUUGUAA